AUGGGAAACGGCACUUUUGUUGGGGACAAUCUAAUCUUAGAGGGGUUAAACAUAACCUCCCAGUCCUUUAUUCCCGCCUUCAUCCUCCUCCUCCUCAUCUACAUCUUCAUCUUGGUGUCCAACAUCGGCCUGGUGUUUCUGAUCUUUCGGAGCAAGAGUCUCCAGCAGCCCAUGUAUCUGCUCGUCUGCAACAUGAGCAUCAACGAUGUCUUUGGGGCGACAAUAGUUAUACCUCAUUUCCUCCGAGAUCUUUUAAUUUCAGACUCAGAACGGUACAUUCAUUACAUCGCCUGUGCCGUCCAGGCAUUUUGUGUUCACCUCCAUGCGAGUGCUUCUCACACGGUGCUAAUGAUCAUGGCUUUUGAUCGUUACAUGGCCAUCUGCAACCCGCUGCGGUACGCCGCCAUCAUGACCAACAGGAUGGUGGUGUCACUGUCGGUGGCAGCGUGGGCAACGGCCUUUGUGCUCGUGGCGAUUCUCGUGGGGCUCAGCAUCCGCCUGUCACGCUGCAGGUCAGUUAUCUUCAACCUGUUCUGCGAUAACGCGUCCUUGUUCCAGCUUUCCUGUGAGAGCGUUCUCAUCAAUAACAUCUACGGUCUUGGCUACACGGUGGUGCUACUUGGCUCGUCCCUCGGCAGCGUAACGCUCACCUACCUGAGGAUCGCCAUGGUGUGUUUGAAUAGUAAGAGCGAAGCUCUGAACAGCAAAGCACUUCAGACCUGCGCCACUCAUCUGGUCGUGUACGUCAUCCUUGUGGUGUCCGGCUUCCUCAUUGUGAUCCUGCACCGCUUCCCUCUUCUGGCCGAACACAGGAAAGUGGCGUCUGUCCUGGGACACGUUGUCCUGCCGGCCCUGAAUGCUGUUAUCUAUGGUCUGCAAAAUAAAGAGGUCCGGCAGAUGAUUAAAACUUUGUUUCAUAGCAAUAAAGUAACUUGA